ACCAAAUACAUUUUUUGUUUUACACGUCUUAUUGCCGACUCAGUGUAAUCGCUAUCAUGGUGUGUUUUUUUUAAGAGAACUAUGGCAAUAUUUGAUUGUAUAGUUACUUGGCGUCUAAUCGUAAGUUCAUACUGAUCAAUUAUGAUCGUAAUAUUUUUUUUUGGUGGAUGUUUAAAUAAAUUAUCUUGGGGAAGAAAAAAAAAGCUUGUUGACCUGAUCGCUAAUGUUAGCAUUUUGGCUAGCUAAGAAAAAGGGUCUGAAAGCGGAAGUGGGGACGUUUCCGGAUACCGGCUGGCAAGGUUCAUUGAUUGGUGGAAACCACAAGUGAUGGAUGGAGACAUGGAUUCAGCAGGACCGGAGAGGAUUCUGCUGGAACCCUACAAGUACCUGCUACAGCUGCCAGGAAAACAAGUACGGACUAAACUCUCUCAGGCGUUUAACCACUGGCUCAAUGUUCCCGAGGACAAACUUCAGGUGAUCAUAGAAGUGACAGAGAUGCUGCACAACGCCAGUCUCUUGAUAGAUGACAUUGAGGACAGUUCUACACUGAGGAGAGGUUUCCCUGUAGCCCACAGCAUCUACGGCGUCCCCUCUGUUAUCAACUCUGCCAACUACGUCUACUUCCUGGGACUGGAGAAGGUCCUAACCCUGGAUCACCCCGAGGCGGUGCAUGUGUUCACCAGACAGCUGUUGGAGCUGCACCGUGGCCAGGGCCUAGACAUCCACUGGAGGGACACCUACACCUGUCCCACAGAGAGCCAGUACCGUACCAUGGUUCUCCAGAAGACGGGGGGUCUGUUUGGCCUGGCCGUGGGGCUCAUGCAGCUGUUCUCUGGCUGGAAACGAGACCUUAAGCCUCUCCUGGAUACGUUAGGACUCUUCUUCCAGAUCAGAGACGACUACGCAAACCUGAACUCAGCAGAGUACAGUGAGAACAAGUCCUUCUGUGAGGAUCUGACCGAGGGGAAAUUCUCCUUCCCCACCAUCCACGCCAUCUGGUCCCGUCCAGAGAGCACUCAGGUCCAGAACAUCCUGAGACAGCGGACGGAGAACGUGGACAUUAAGAGAUACUGUGUGGACUACCUGGAGAAGGUGGGCUCCUUCGCCUACACCAGAGAGACCCUGAGAGGGCUGGAGGCCGAGGCAUACCGCCUUAUCACAGAUCUGGGGGGAAACCCUGAGCUGGAGGGGUUAGUGAAACACCUCAGUAAGAUGUUUAGGGAGCCUGAGACAAAGGCUGGCCCUAAAGAGGACUGACCACACCUAUCUUCAGUCAUUUACACUGACCUGAUACACAUCUAUCAAACAGGGGUCAGUUCCGUGGUCGAGCCACACAGAUAUCAUGCUCACCACACUGUCACACGGCUGGAUUAUACAGUCCCUCUGAGCAUGACGACUAUACCAAACCAAGAACUCACAGCUUCACAAACCUUGUCUUUCUAGUACUCUAGACAAAUGUCAAACAUAACACACAUGCAUCAUUAUAAAUAUGGAGGAGAGGAGAUAUGUUCAUCACAUGACUUGUCCGAAGAAUGCUGUCUCUUACAUUUUUGUAGUGUUACUUGCAGCUUACAAAAGUUUAUUUUAUUUCAAUACUAAAUGGAAGUUAGUUCCCGGCUUUAGUGUUUAGUGAAUGCCAAGUGUCAAUGAGGUGUAGAAGAAAAUGAGGUCAGAUUUCUGAGGAUGAUACUACCAGCGGGAUGUUCGUGUACAUAUUAGAUGAAUGAAUGUAUACUCUGUUCUAUGGAUGUGUUUGGUUAUUGUCUGCUACUUUCACCUAAAGUUGAAGUGCGUAUCUGGUUCAACGCCUUUGUCUCCAGAUGUUUCACCUGCAACACAGCAUUUUCUCAAUUCGAUUACAUUGAUACUGUAAAGUGCAUAUGUAACAAACAUGAAUUUAUUGAAUAAAACCUUUUGACAAAU